CGCCGGAGCCCCCGCCGCCGCCGAGCCUGGAAGCGGGAGCGGGUGCAGGGCCCCCAGAGGCGCUGGCGGAGCCUGACCGCGCCGGCCCCAGGGAGGAGGACGAGCCCAAGCUGGCACCCGUCCCCCAGGCAGCCCACCCAGACCCUCAGAUCCCUGGGUUUGGCGAAUCCUGCUGAGAGUGAGCAGUAGGAGGACUCUCCAAAGCUUCCAGCUUGCCACCUGGAAGAAGGUCACUUUCUUUUGAGCAGAGGAGAUAAUAGGAGGUACCCUGCCAGUGUUCACUGCCAAGCCCGGGUGGCAUGAGCCACAGUUGCUCUGGGAGGGUUGUGGCACCUGGGGCUGGGUGGCUCGCCCUAAGCUUGCUCUGACGAAAGAGUUUUGAGUUGGUUUUUUGGCUGAGCCUGCCAAAGAAGGCAGGCUCCUGCAGGAGUCUUGGAGGGUCGGAUGCAGCGCCGGAUGAGGAUGAGGCGUGGCGGAAGAUGCGUUUGGCUCUGCAGACACUGCAUCGGGCAGCAGGGGACUCUGGGAGGCUGGUGCAGCCAGAAGGCAUGGCUCUUGACAGCCUUCUAGUAGAAUCUCUGGAAUUGUGCAUGACAGAAGAGGAAAGAAACUAACGGGUAUUGAGCACCUACUGUGUGCCAGGCCCAGGCCAGGUCCCCCCCACCUCCAGCCAGUCUGUGCAGACUUGCUGCCUGCUGUGUCACCGGGAACGCAAAGGCUGGGAAGAAGGCCCUUCCCAAAACGGACUGGUGUUGCAGGGUGAGAAGCUGCCCCCUGACUUCAUGCCAAAGCUCGUCAAGAAUCUCCUAGGCGAGAUGCCUCUGUGGGUCUGCCAGAGCUGCCGAAAGAGCAUGGAGGAAGAUGAAAGGCAGACAGGUCGAGAACAUGCAGUGGCGAUCUCCUUGUCACACACAUCCUGCAAAUCACAGUCCUGUGGAGGUGACUCUCAUUCCUCUUCAUCCUCCUCCUCAUCGUCCUCGUCCUCAUCCUCGUCCUGCCACGGGAACUCAGGGGACUGGGAUCCCAGCUCGUUCCUGUCAGCACAUAAGCUCUCGGGCCUCUGGAACUCCCCGCACUCCAGUGGGGCCAUGCCGGGCAGCUCACUCGGGAGUCCUCCUGCCAUCCCUGGUGAGGUUUUCCCCAUCUUGGAGCACCACCGGCACUCAGACCUCACUGCUCCACCUAACAGCCCCACCGGCCACCACCCCCAGCCAGCGUCGCUAAUCCCAUCUCACCCCGGAUCCUUUGGCUCACCACCCCACCCACACCUGCUGCCCACCACCCCGGCAGCACCUUUCCCUGCCCAGGUUUCAGAAUGCCCUGUUGCCGUUGCUGCCGCCCCCCACACCCCAGGGCCAUGUCAGAGCCCUCACCUUCCCUCCACCAGCAUGCCGCUCCUGAAGAUGCCUCCGCCGUUCUCGGGUUGCAGCCACCCCUGUAGUGGGCACUGCAGCGGGCACUGCGGUGGGCCGCUCCUCCCGCCACCCAGCUCCCAGCAGCUCCCUAGCUCUCACAGCAGGGACCCCGGGUGCAAGGGGCACAAGUUUACCCACAGUGGCCUGGCCUGCCAGCUGCCCCAGCCCUGCGAGGCAGAUGAGGGGCUGGGCGAGGAGGAGGACAGCAGCUCAGAGCGUAGCUCCUGCACCUCGUCCUCCACCCACCAGAGGGAUGGGAAGUUCUGUGACUGCUGCUACUGUGAGUUCUUCGGCCACAACGCGCCACCCGCUGCCCCGACGAGUCGGAAUUAUACUGAGAUCCGGGAGAAGCUCCGUUCGCGGCUGACCAGGCGGAAAGAGGAGCUGCCCAUGAAGGGGGGCGCCCUGGGCGGGAUCCCUGGGGAGCCCGCCGUGGACCACCGAGAUGUGGAUGAGCUGCUGGAAUUCAUCAACAGCACGGAGCCCAAAGUCCCCAACAGCGCCAGGGCCGCCAAGCGGGCCCGGCACAAGCUGAAAAAGAAGGAAAAGGAGAAGGCCCAGUUGGCAGCAGAAGCUCUAAAGCAGGUGAAUCGUAGUGUUUCUGGAAGCCAGGAGCUGAGGCCUGCCAGGGAGAGGCUCUUGGAGUGGCCCGACCGGGAGCUGGAUCGGGUCAACAACUUUCUGAGCAGCCGUUUACAGGAGAUCAAGAACACUGUCAAGGACUCCAUCCGCGCCAGCCUCAGUGUGUGUGAGCUCAGCAUGGACAGCGAUGGCUUCUCUAAGGAGGGGGCCGCUGAGCCCGAGCCCCCAGGUCUGCCCCCCUCAAACCUCAAUGGCUCCUCAGAGCAACGGCCUGACAUCAACCUUGACCUGUCCCCUUUGACUUUGGGCUCCCCUCAGAACCACAUGUUACAAGCUCCAGGCGAGCCGGCCCCACCGUGGGCAGAAAUGAGAAGUCCUCACCCACCGUGGAUGGAGGUGAGGGGCCCCCCUCCCGGAAUCACCCCUGAGAAUGGGCUAGUAAGGAGACUCAACACUGUGCCCAGCCUGUCCCGGGUGAUCUGGGUCAAGACACCCAAGCCAGGACACCCCAGCUCUGAGGAGCCAAGCCCCAAGGAGGUCCCCAGUUGCAAGCAGGAGCUGCCUGAGCCAGUGGCCUCAGGUGGGAAGCCGCGGAAGGGCAAGAGACAGGGCAGUCAGGCCAAGAAGAGUGAAGUGAGCCCAGCGCCCCAGUCCCCAGCCUGCCUGGAGGCUCCCAGUGGCAAGGGCCAGAUCCCCAACCCCAGGCAGCCAGGCAAGGCCCCAGAGCCUCCCAAAGUGGGCACCUGUGCCGAGGCUGGAGAGGGGAACCGGGGGACCCGACCAGGACCAGGCUGGGCUGGCAGCCCCAAAGCUGACAAGGAGAAGGGCAGCUCCUGGCGAAACUGGCCAGGCGAGGCCAAAGCUCGGCCUCGGGAGCAGGAGUCUGUGCAGCCCCCGGGCCCAGCAAGGCCGCAGAGCUUGCCGCAGGGCAAGGGCCGGAGCCGCCGCAGCCGCCACAAGCAGGAGAAGCCAGCCUCCUCCUGGGACGAUGUGUUCCUGCCCAAGGACGUGGACGGGGUGGAGAUGGAUGAGACCGACCGGGAGGUGGAGUACUUCAAGAGGGAGAGCUGCUCCAGACCCACCCGGCUCUCCCACCGGCCUGUGUGCUGCAACGCAGGCAGCCGAGAUGAUCCCGCAGGACAGGUCACCUGGGAAAGUACAAGGGACGGAAAGCAGGAGGCGUGUCAGGCCCCAAGAACCAGGGCUUUCUCCAGGUUCUGUUUGGAUUCUGCAAAGCAGACACGUCAGAAGGUUGCUGUGAACUGGACCAACUUCAGCCUCAAGAAAACCACUCCCAGCACAGCUCAGUGAGCCUCUGCCAGAUGAGCUUCUUCAGGGUGUUCUGAGACCCCGACUGCCAGCUGAAGGUCUACAGUUUUCUCCUCCACAUCCCCACCCACCUGCCCGAGACUUCCCCAGUCCCUGCCAUCUCGGACCAACCAAAAGCUGAACGGAUGCCACGCGUGCUGGGGCCCCUCAGGACCUUUGCAGAGCGCUUCCUGGUGCUACGCGGCCUCCACACUUGAGAGCCCCGGGGGCUGGGCUGGCCUGUGGGCUUGGGGGCUGAUGGUACUGCUGGCCCAACACUGCUCUUUGUGUUUGGUUUUUUAUUUUACUUUUUUUUUUUCUCAAUUCUUUACUUUUGAUACUGUGAAGAUCUUUCCUGCCGAAAGAUAAAGCAACAUUUGGACACAG